GUAGGUAUGGUCGCAGGUGGUUGUGCACCAAAUGGUGCUGGUGGUGGUGCUAACACCUCGACGAUGGGAGUGACGCACAAUGCUUGUUCGACAGGUCGUAGCGAUGCAGGAGCACAGUCGACAAAUCCGCAACAUCGUGUCCCGGGCUUAGGCGGAAGUGCUACUAGUAAUACCCAUCAAAGCACUACUAGCAAUUAUACCCAUGUGGGGACUACGACUACGUCCUCUGGGCUCCAGAAAAAAUGUUCUGUGGACAGUCUGUGUCGGAAGUUGCAAUUUGAAGCCGGGAACGACGGCGAUGUGGUCGGCAGCUUGCACUACUUGUCGACCAGUGCCUCGACUGGAUCAGAUGCAGGAGCCACGCCGAUGACGACCCAAUCAAAUUCUACCGUUAGUAGAGAUGCGCAUCCAGUACUAGCUUCAUCUCCCAAUUUUAGCGGUUUUGAUCAAAUACAACAAAAAGCAACUGGUCCAGCUUCAGGAAACUGCGAGAUGAACCGACCGCGAACCUUGCAGGCAGCACCUGGAAGUCCCUGUUUGCUUGAGUUCGAUUCGCCUCCGAUGCGUGAGCGUCCGAAAGACUACGUCUCCUCGCCUGACAGGUUGCGACAAGCAUGCGCAAAAGCAUCUCGGAUUACUUCCAGCAUUUCCGCGCCGAAGGUUGUUUGUGUCGCGCGCGUUCCUGGCGCAGUGGCACAGCUGGCUAGCGAAUUCAAAGACCUGGUCUCGGAAGAUCAGAUGACUGAAGUAGACGCGGCAUCAAAGUCUCGGGUUCUCGGUGAUGCAGAUGCAAACAAGCAGGUUCGCGUUCCGGACCUCGACUGUGGUUCACCUUCGCCUAAAAAGACGAGUGUCAGGCCUCUACCUCAAUCUGGCGCGCAUGGAAACAGCGAAGAGAUGAAACGGGAGGAAAAAAGUGACCCUUCGUCCCAUGGCAAACAAGAUGCGGGCUCUGCGUCACAGACUCUUCAGGAAAACGGUGACCAUCACGAACAAACUCGAGAAACUUCAACCGCGAAUACAGCAACUAAAAGUAAAAACGUUGGCUCAUGCGAAGGCGAGAUCGAAAAUGCCAGAAGUAACACGAGUUUUCGCGUCGUUCGGAAUCCUUUUGAAGACUCUGUAGUAGCGGAGGGUGUAACUACGGGCGACAAAGGUAAGCCGUCUGCCUGUCAGCAUAAGCGAAAUCGAAGUCGCUGUACCCCACCUACUCCGGUUGAGCAAGACGCUGACGGGCAGAAGGAGAAACAGAGUCGGGAACGGAGUAGGAACGGCACGACCAGCAGACGUAGUGGGGCGUCUGCAGCUGCGGCUUGGAGC